AACAAAUAGUUGUGUAACUUUGUAUCGUUUAGUCGAUCGUAACAUAUUUGCUUCCAUUACAAUGUGGAUAUCUUUGCGUAGCUUACGAACCGUUUCAUUUCGCUAAAAUGAGUUGGCUUUUUGCAAAAUCUCACUUGAAAACAGUACCUGCUUUUCAACGGCUGCUUUAUUCACACUUUGCUCGGACGAACGUUGCCGGUUUGAACCGGUGUUCGCUACUGUGCGCCGACAGACGUGUUCCACUAGUUCCAGUGAACGGUCUUUUUUGGGAACGGGACCGAAAAGGAGGAUAUAAUGCGGACAAACCGAAAGUUUCUCCAAAACAGCUCAUCGUGGAUGGAUUCCGAGAGCUGAAGCAUGAACUCGCACUCUUCCGGCAGGAGUGGGAGGAAAGGUUUACUAGUGAUCCUAUGGUAGUAUUUCGGCCGGGUGAAACCGAUAUUGUCUUUAAUUUUGAUUCUAAAGUUGCACUCGAUAAAUGGAUUGCAACGACCGAUAAAGACCAUAAUGAGGGCUACUCCGAGGCACAGUUUGAACUGAGCUCGAGUGGGUUUGGUCUAUUUCAUGGAAAGUUGGAAUCGAGAGUACCGAAGGAUGGACGAAUCAAACGGUCCGGUUAUGCGAAUAUCAAAAGUCAACGAAUAAGGAAAUCUUUCAAACGUGAUGCUUUUUAUGAUUGGGAGCAGUAUAAUACGUUGGUGCUAAAAGUCCGCGGUGACGGUCGCUCGUACCUGAUAAAUCUGGCAUCGGAAGGUUAUUACGAUAUUCUCUGGAAUGACAUUUAUCACUACGUGCUUUACACACGGGGAGGACCGCACUGGCAGAUUGCACGGAUACCGUUUUCGAAGUUUUUCCUAGCAUCCAAAGGGCGCGUACAGGACAGUCAAGGACCGGUUCCGUUGAAUCGUGUCACCAGCGUAGGGUUCUCGGUUGGUGCCAAAGGUGGACACGAAGGGGCGUUUCGUUUGGAAUUCGACUACAUUGGACUAGAGUACGAUCCAUCGCAUAACGAAGAGUUCGCUUAUGAGAUGUACAAACAGCAGAAAUUUAUUGUGGCCACCUAGUGAUUAAAGUCCAGAUGGAUAUGUCAAUAGAA